CGCAUAUCUUCUGAUUGCUGUAGGCAGUUCGAGUUUACUUGAACGUUAUACAAAUUGGAUUCUGAACCUUUCUACACGAAUUUAAGCAGAUGUCCCGCUGUUUGUUAUCUGUAAUUCCUGAAGAUUUGUGUCGAAUUAGAUCGUUCUACACGAUAUCAUGUUGUUUCUUGAGCUCAACAGCACCUAUAACAUCCAAGAAAAUGUUUUCCAAACCCGACCGACCGAAUAUUGUUCUUGUGGAUGCGGUACGUACGCCAUUUCUACAAUCACGGACAAUGUUCAAGGACAUGAUGGCUAUGGAUUUGCAGCGAGCUGCACUUUUAGCAUUAGUGGAUCGGACGAAAGUGAAUAUGCAGGAAGUUGGGCACAUUGUUUGUGGUACUGUGAUACAGGAAUGUAAAACGAGUAAUGUGGCACGGGAAGCUGCAUUAACGGCUGGAUUUUCUAAAAAGAUACCAGCUCAUACGGUUACACUGGCUUGCAUUUCGUCAAAUGUUGCAAUAACUGAUGUCAUGAAUAUGCUCGCUACAGGUUACUGUAAUGCAGGUAUAGCUGGUGGUGUUGAAUUACUUUCUGAUGUCCCAAUUCGAUAUAAUCGGAAAGCACGCUCAGCAAUGCUUUCUCUAGGUAAAGCAAAGAAGCUUUCUGACAAGUUGACAACAAUAAGAAAAAUAGCAGUAAAUUUCUUCUCACCAGAAUUACCAGCUGUUGCUGAAUUUACAACUGGUGAAACAAUGGGACAUAGCAGUGAUCGACUGGCGGCCUCAUUUGGUGUAUCUAGACGUGAACAAGAUGAAUUUACCAUUCGUUCACAUAUGCUUGCUGAUCGUGCCUCAAAAGAGAACCUUCUCUCUGACGUUAUACCGAUUUUUGUACCCGGUAACAAGCCAUUGAUUGUUCGAAAAGAUAAUGGUAUCCGUGUUUCGUCAAUGGAAAAAUUAUCACAGCUGAAGCCAGCUUUUGUAAAAUCUCAUGGAACAGUUACUGCUGGCAAUUCUUCAUUCCUGACAGAUGGUGCAUCUGCUUCACUAAUAAUGACGGAAGAUUACGCGUUAAAGGAAGGUUACAAACCAAAGGUCUACUUGAGGGAUUAUCAGUACGUAGCACAAGACCCAACCGACCAACUUCUUCUCUCACCUGCCUAUGCGAUUCCGAAGCUGAUGGAUAAGGUUGGACUAACAUUAAAAGAUAUCGAUGUUUUCGAAAUCCAUGAAGCUUUUGCUGCACAAAUUCUAGCCAAUUUGAAUGCCAUGGAUUCGGAUUAUUUUUGUAAGGAAAUGUUGAAACGACCAACAAAAUGUGGACGUAUACCGGAAGAGAAGUUGAAUACAUGGGGUGGUAGUCUUUCACUUGGACACCCAUUUGGUGCAACAGGCAUACGAUUAGUAUCUCAUGCAGCAAAUCGAUUGCAACAUGAACAAAAACAUUUGGGAAUUGUAGCUGCAUGCGCCGCUGGUGGACAUGGAGUCGCUAUGCUCAUUGAAAAUUAUCCAAAAUAGACAUAAUUUGUUACUUUAUUAGUAACAAAUUAUCUCCCGUAAUUUUAUAUGUCAAAAAAAAAAAGAAAAGAAACGAAUACAAUGUGAAUAACUUGCGCACAACAGUUCCAAUAAAUUCAUUGGUAUUUUCUCUAGCGGUUUGCCUAUCUCUUCUACUGUAAUCUUUUAAUUUGCAUACGGCAUGUCUUUCAGCAUCGUACACGCAUUAUUAUUCGUAGGCUUCCUAUACUUGAAUUCUUGAAUUUUUUUUGUUGGAGAUUUUUCGUCGUGAAAUAUUGACUUAUGUCAAAUUUUCCAUAAACUAAUGUAAAUUUCACUGUGCGCUAACUAUUAAGUGUUCGAUUGGAAAACUAACUAUUACAACUGGAACCUUGUAUUGAGCAGUGAUGGUCUUAGCUAGGGCUGCGAUCAAGCUGAUCACCUCUAAAGCGCCAAAGUAACGUAAGCUAUGGACCUUUAUCUCAAAUCUGA